AUGCUCACUUUCACUCCACCGGAGUCCGACAAAAAAUCGAGAAAUCUAUUAGUAUGUGAGCAAUUUUUAAUCGGAUCCGAUCAUGAUAUGGCCUAUCGUUUACAACAAGAUGAAUUCUCUGUCCACUUUGAUCGUAAUCGUAAUCAACGGCGUGAUUGUCGACUUGGUGUCUCUGCUGCCAAAGAAGUACAACAAGAGGAGGAAAAAGCACAUGUGGCAAAACAAUUUGAUUUCUAUAAAGAAAAGCAGAUAAUAGAAGAGAAUGAUGCUGAAUAUGCAAAAUGUUUACAAAAUGAACUGAUGAAAGGACCUGUUAUGAACACUUUAUUAGAGAAUGAUGUUCAUCCCAAUUUAAUACGACAGAAUUCUAACGAAAAAUUAUAUGAAAGUAUAAACGAAGAUCAUAGUAUAAUCACUGAUGAACAAUUAGCUCGACUAUUGCAAGAAGAAGAGUUCGCUUUAAGUAAAACUAAUUAUAAAUAUACAUCGGUAUAG